UGAGACACACAAAAUCCGGAACGUUUAAGAAAGCCGCGUUUGUUUCCAGCCGGACGGAGUUAGGUGUUCAGUGUCGGUGUGAUGGCGGCCCUGAGGACGGCAUUAUGUGGACGUUUCCUGCAGCCUCUCCCCGUGCGUUUGGGAUCCCUGCGCUUCGCCAGCUCCUCUUUCAAGGCUGCAGAUCUGACCAUCGAGAAGAGCCGGACACCGAACCCCAAGCCCGACCCAUCCUCCCUGGGCUUUGGGAAGUUUUUUUCCGAUCACAUGUUGACUGUGAACUGGACGGAGAAAGGAGGAUGGGAAGCUCCUCAGAUUAAACCCUUCCAAAACCUGUCUCUCCACCCGGCGUCCUCCGCCCUGCACUACUCCAUCGAGCUGUUUGAGGGGAUGAAGGCAUUCCGUGGAGUGGAUAAUCAGGUUCGUCUGUUCCGGCCCAUGCUGAACAUGGAGCGCAUGUAUCGCAGUGCAGACCGCUGCUGCCUACCUCUGUUUGAUAAGCACGAGCUGCUGGAGUGCAUAAAGAAGCUGAUCGAGCUGGACCACGAGUGGGUUCCGUACUCCACCGACGCCAGCCUUUACAUCAGACCCACCUUCAUCGGCACCGAGCCUUCUUUGGGCGUGUCCAAACCAGGCCACGCCCUCCUGUUUGUCAUCGUGGGGCCGGUGGGGCCGUACUUCACCACGGGAGCCUUCAGUCCCGUAUCCCUGCUGGCGGAUCCUCGCUUCGUGCGAGCCUGCAGGGGCGGAGUCGGAGCGUACAAGAUGGGCAGUAACUAUGGGCCUACCAUAGCCAUCCAGAGCGAGGCGGUGAAGCAGGGCUGUCAGCAGGUGCUGUGGCUGUACGGAGGCAACGAGGAGAUCACAGAGGUCGGCACCAUGAACCUCUUCAUCUACUGGACCAAUGAGAAAGGAGAACGAGAACUGGUCACUCCUCCACUAGAUGGCAUCAUUCUCCCCGGAGUCACCAGACAGUCUCUUCUGGACCUGGCCAGACAGUGGGGUGAGUUCAAGGUGACGGAGCGGACCCUGGUCAUGACGGAGCUGCUGGACGCCCUGAAAGGAGGACGGGUGUUGGAGGCGUUUGGAGCGGGGACGGCGUGUGUGGUGUGUCCCGUCGGCAGCCUGCUCUAUAAAGGACAGCAUUUUGAAAUCCCGACCAUGAAGAACGGGCCUGAUCUCGCCACCAGGUUCUACAAGGAGCUCACUGAUAUCCAGUACGGACGCUCGAGGAGCGACUGGGCGCCAGUCAUCGUCGCCUGAUCGGACGCCGCUCCUCCGGAACCGUGGGUCCUCCAGACUGCCCGCUUCUCACGGUUCCUACUGUAGCUUUGUUUUGUCUUGUGUCGUGUGUAGGGACUAAAAACAGCUUUAUUGUUCUGAAGUAACCACACAGUGAACCGUCCAUUGGAAACCCGUCACCGAUAAACUGGUAAGGGGGGAAAAAAAACCCCAACCUCCACCAUGACACCUCCAACACACGCGAGUGUUUGUUUGUUCUGAUGGAAAUGAAUGAUCUUUUUUUUAUAAUAAAUUGAUCAGUCCUCGAUAGUGCGUAGUGUUGUGUAGCAGUAUAGCGGCCGUGAGGUGAAAAAUCCGAAGCACAUUUUAUGCAAAUGAUGUUUGUAGAAAUAUCGUACGGUGCAAUAAUCUUCAGAUCGUGUACUUGUAGAACAGUUACUGAUUACUUGUGUUUUGGGGGGGUUGUUAUUGUUUAUUAUUAUUAUUAGUAGUAGUAGUAAUAAUAAUAAUAAUAAUAAUAAUAAUAAUAAUAGUUUAAAAUCUGUUUUUGAUGUCUUGUAAAUGUGUGACUGAAGAGAAAUAAGUGUUGAGAAAUUUCAGAGGCAGCAUACGGUGUGCUCCCAAAUAUUGGCACCCUUCAUGAGUAAGUAAACGUAUCUAUAAAAAAUAAUAAUAAAUCUCCCAGUGAUGUUUUGAGAGUAACGCUACUGGAACAUUGUGAUCGGGUCAGGGAAAAUGUUUAAAUAAAGCACUAUACACUCCUUCUCACCAACACCCCCCACCCUCUCCAAAAUUAUUGGCACCUUGCUAUGGCGAGAAUUCAUUAAAAUAUGCCUCAAGGGUGUCAAUAAUAUAAUUAUCAAUCAUUUUUGCUCUUUUUUUUUCGGGGUGUGUACAGUGACCAAAUGAAGGGUGGCGAUUCUGGAGCGUACGUACUUUUAUAGAUAUUGUAGCCAGCGAAACAAAUCUUCAUGUGGUGUAAACGUGCAUCAGCAAAACAAUGAACUGAACAAAGAGUAGGAGGUGAGUGUCGUUGUCCUUUUUUUUUUUUUUUUUUUUUUUUUUUUUUUUUUUUUUUUUUUUUUAAUUUGAAACGUUCAUGAGAGUGUGUUUGAGGACAGGACACCAGAUUAUCACUACCGUUCAUUCAGAGACGCACUAUAUGGAUUAUAUAGAUAUAUAUAUGUUGAAAAUAUUUAUAUGGAAGUUUUUUGUGAUAUCAUUAAUGCAAAAGGAAAACAUUGUGAUGAAGGUUCACGAGAGAGAAACUGCAGCUUUCAAAUGCAUUUGUGGAGGUUGAAUCUCAAAAAGGCACUCCAUGACCUCUGCUCUAAAAUGUGGAGAUGAUGAGAUUUAGCUACAUAAGUCCUUCAUACUUGUAGAACAUCACUCCACUAGCUUACUCUACAUGUUACAAUCUGAUUGAAACUCUAUUUUUUUGUGUUUAUUUUCCUUUUAUCCGACUCAUCAUCUUUCUCCCAAGUGCCUGAUGGACGUUAGACCGGUUUAUGUUCAUUUUGCAUGUGGUUCUGCAUUAAGACCUUUAUUUUGACGUUCUGUAUGGGGGGUGUGUGUGUGCUGCGAGCGAUUCGGGAUGGUCGGCUGUUACUAUUCAUCUUGCUUUUACAAUAAAAGUAUAUAAAAGUA